UCUCUCAUCUGAGUCGUCUCCAAUCACCUCUCUUUUCCAGCGUCCGAUCCUUCUCCAUUACCACUCGAUCUAUAAUUCUCGCGCCCAAAUUUUACAAAACUUCCCUUCUUACUGGGUUUCGUGUUUAUUGCGGCGGCGGCGAUGGCGGAAGCUCCGGCGAGUCCAGGAGGCGGAAGCCACGAGAGCGGCGGAGAGCAGAGCCCGCGCUCGAAUGUUCGUGAGCAGGAUCGGUACCUCCCGAUCGCCAAUAUCAGCCGGAUCAUGAAGAAGGCGCUUCCGGCGAACGGAAAAAUUGCCAAAGACGCGAAGGAGACUGUUCAGGAAUGUGUUUCUGAGUUCAUUAGCUUCAUCACCAGCGAGGCGAGUGAUAAAUGCCAGAGGGAAAAGAGGAAGACGAUUAAUGGCGAUGACUUGCUCUGGGCUAUGGCGACUCUAGGGUUUGAAGACUACAUAGAUCCGCUUAAGAUUUACCUCACCAGAUACAGAGAGAUGGAGGGUGAUACAAAGGGGUCAGCAAAAGGUGGAGAGGCAUCUGCCAAGAAGGAUGUUCAACCCAGUCCAAAUGUUCAGAUUGCCCAUCAAGGUUCUUUCUCGCAAGGUGUUAGUUAUACAAAUUCUCAAUCGCAGGCUCAGCACAUGAUGAUGCAAGGCACAGAGUAGAUGUUGGUCCGAGCCGGCGAGCCCUCAACAAAAUUGGUAAUAAGUUAUCUGUCUGAUGUGAACACUGACAUGUUGGGUGGUUUUGGUGCCCAUGUUUAGGUAGUGUAUUGUGGUAAUGUUUGUAAAUUAUUAAGGAGUCACUUGGGUAUAAUGACUAUUUAAGGGGUGUUCUGUAAAUCUUUGGUGUAUCUAGUAUGUCAUUUUUAAACUGUUAUAUUGCUAGGAUUAUGAUGUGAUUGUAUUGCUUGUGGUAAAUUUAUGCCAAAAAAAAAAAUGUACUCUUUUAUCCAAGGGACAAAU